AUGAUAAAUAUAAUUCAAUAUCCUCAAGACACUCAUUUUGUUAAGCCUCUUUUUCUAAUAGGUUUAGGAAUUACUAUUCAUGAGAUUAUUUCAUAUCCAUUAGACAGAAUUGUAUCUAGGAUGAUUGCAAAAAGUCCAUAUUUAAACUAAUCAUUUUCUGAAUAAUUAAAACAAAUUAAGUUAGCUGAAUCCUUUAAAGGAUUGUAUAAAGGAUUUCGGACAUCAUUUGAUAGAUCAAUAAUUUAGAAUCUAUCAUUUUAUUUUUGUUUCUAAUACUUCUUUUUAAGAUAUGGAUUGGAAUUCAAUAGUAGAACAAGAAUAGAAGUAAAUGAUUAGCCAUAUUUAAAAUAUUGCGAAAAUGCAAAAUUUCAUGGGAUAGCAUUUGGAUCGGCAAUAUUAUCAACAGUAUUUUCACAACCUAGCAAUGUAGUUAAUCUCAAAUUAUAAUGUGAACAAUUAGGAUUACCACCUAAGAAAUACUGGGAUAAUAUGAAGCAUCUAGAAGAAAUUAUGGAUUAUCAUAACAAAAAAUUCAAAAUUGCCUUUACUCCUGGAUUCAAAAGUAAAGUUCUGUUACUCUAUUGCUAAUUUGUUGCUGAAAUCACAAUAUUCUAAGAGUUCCUAUAUCAAUAAGGAUACUUAUUCAUGAAUAAAAGCAUGCUCAGAGAUAGCUAAUAAAAAAAUAAUCAUUUUAUUGGAGCAUUAGGAACUAGUUUAUUAGUGCCAAUAGUGUUCCAUCCUUUGAACUUCUUGUAAAAGAGAUACAUGAUGAGAAAAUUAUAAAAUAUGAAACUAUUGACACCUCAGGAGAUGUUAAAAUAAGACAUAUCGAAGUUUUCUACUUUGUAUUGUGGAUUAGGAACAGAAGUCUUUAGAUAUAGCACAAGAAGUAUGUUGAUAUUCUAUUUGAUAUGGAAUUCUGCUAAUUAAACAACAAAGUAUUGA